UGUAUAUAUUCUUUUAGCGUGGUGGAAUUUGCUUAGUGGGUUGAAACAUUCUAGUUGAAAAAUGGUCUGCCAAUUAUGACAGGUAGUUUUUUUCCAAAUGGGAAAACUACUUUGUUGAAAAACUAGAAGGGAAAAGGAGUUUAGAAAGAGCAGCAUCACUUCAUUAUCUAUGUGUAUUCUUUUAGCGUAGUGGAAUUUGCUUAUUGGGUUUAAAUGGUCUGGUUAAAAAAUGGUUGAUUUGUUGACUAGUUUUUUGGAUAAGUUAUUAGAAAACAAUAAUAGAUGGCGUAUCUUUGAAAAACCGAAGGCGGCUAUAGCUUACAUCGAUGUGAUGGCGUAAAUUAAUAUGUAGUAUUCUUUCUGAUAUUAGUAUAUUACUCCAUGGCAGGACCUAUUCUCUGCGGGAACUGACACUACUUCGAGCACGGUAGAGUGGGCAAUGGCAGAAUUGUUAAACAACCCUAAUUUAAUGGCAAAAGCUCGAAGUGAGCUCGGCAAAGUCGUAGGCAAAGAAAAGAUGGUUGAAGAGUCAGACAUCUCAAAGCUCCCUUAUUUACAAGCAGUAGUAAAAGAAACCUUCAGGUUGCACCCACCUGUCCCAUUUCUGGUUCCUAGAAAGACCGAAAUGAAGUCAGAAAUAUUAGGCUAUGCAGUGCCAAAAAAUGCUCAUGUACUUGUCAAUGUAUGGGCUAUUGGCAGAGACUUCACGAUAUGGUCCAACCCUAAUUCAUUUGUGCCUGAAAGGUUUUUGGAGUGCGAGAUUGAUGUCAAGGGUCGAGAUUUCCGGCUCAUUCCAUUUGGUGCUGGAAGAAGAAUCUGUCCUGGGUUGCUAUUAGGCCAUAGGAUGGUCCACUUGAUGUUGGCUUCUCUUCUUCACUCCUUUGAUUGGAAGCUUGAAGAUGGUCUGAAACCAGAAGACAUGGACAUGACUGAGAAGUUUGGAUUUACAUUGAGGAAAGCCCAACCUCUCCAGGCUGUUCCCAUCAAGCCAUAGUAUUUGUCUUUAUCUAAGAACCAAUUAACUUGGGUGAGUAUAUAUUUUUAAAAAUAUCAUAUUGAUUAUUAGAUUAUGAAAAAAGUAUAUGUAUUUAAGUUCCUGAAAUA